AUGAGUAACAACGAAAUUAUAUUUGUCACUGGCAACGCCAACAAGUUGAAGGAAGUGCAGUCGAUUCUGGCUCAAGAUGCCAAUAGUUCCAAUAAAACCAUUCAUCUAAUCAAUGAAGCAUUGGAUCUUGAAGAGUUGCAGGAUACAGAUCUAAACGCCAUUGCGUUGGCCAAGGGGAAACAAGCCGUUGCGGCCUUGGGUGAGGGCAAACCUGUGUUCGUAGAAGACACUGCACUAAGAUUUGAUGAAUUCAACGGAUUGCCGGGCGCUUAUAUUAAAUGGUUUUUGAAGAGUAUGGGAUUAGACAAGAUUGUGAAAAUGCUGGAACCUUUUGAAAACAAGAACGCAGAAGCUGUUACCACUAUCUGCUUUGCUGAUUCCAAAGGCGAAUACCACUUCUUUCAAGGGAUCACAAAGGGUAGGAUUGUCUCGAGCCGUGGCCCAACUACGUUCGGCUGGGAUUCAAUCUUUGAACCUUUUGAUAGCCAUGGUUUAACAUAUGCGGAAAUGACGAAAGAAGCAAAAAAUGCCAUUUCUCAUCGUGGUAAAGCCUUUGCUCAAUUCAAAAAAUACUUGUAUCAAAAUGAGUUCUAG